AUGUAUGCACACCUGAGUGUCCUCGCUGCACAGCUAGAACGAAUAACUUGUACAAGCAAACACUUUGUUUGGUCAAGCCUAGUAUCUCAAGGGCUGCUUUUGUGUGUUUUAACCUUUGGAGUGAUACUGCCUGUAUGCUGUCAUCGUCUACUUUACUCAUAUUAUUUUUUAAAUAAUUGUUAUCUUGAUUCACUAAGUAAUGUAGCACCACAAGAAAGCUACGACAGAUACCAGGAGGCCCUGCGUUUCUGGAAAGCAGCAGCCUUUACGAAAAGCCUGAAGGACCCGUUGGAAACAACUGUCAAGAAACCAGAUCUCCUGGUCACUGAAGUGACAGCCAGGAGAGCAGAGGGGAGGGACUAUCACUACCUGCUACAGGUGGCACGGCAGCUCAAAUCACUCCUCAAAGCGUGUGGCGAUAAACUGUGUGCUGAGGUGAUGUUCUGUGACAUGAAACAGCUUUUGGUUGUUAGACGUUCUCUUGAUGAAAGGUGGCAGAGCUGAGACGUGGCCAACAUCUUUGAGAAGGUAAGAGAUUAAGUUUUCUGCCUGCGCUAAGGAUGGGACCUGACGAGGCCGAAAAAUGUUGUUGUCCUGGAGGAUGAUGCAAUUCUGUUGACGGUUUUUUUCUGUCUGUUAAAAACUUACAGAAUAGAUGGGUCUCGGCCUGUUCAGGGCUAUGAAACUCCUCCUUUUGUCAUCUCACUGUACACCUCUUUCUUUUACCUUCUCACCUUCUCAUUUUCUCUUUCUGGCUCUCUAUGA